CUAAUUUUGUAAUGGGCAGACGGCAAAAGUACUCAGCAGGCUUCUCAUCACAUUCAAACCUGGCUAGUUCCCGUUCUGUAUAAAUCCAGCUUUCCGGUGGGAAUAUUUCCCACCUCGAUCACAAAGUACUUGAGCUCUCUAGUAAUUUCAUUUUUAGCCACUACAAAACGAAACAAGGAGGAGACCCCCAUGGCAUCCCAUUUACUUUUCUUGGUCCUGAUUUCAAUUUGUUCAAUUGCUUUAGCAUCUGACCCAAGUCCUCUUCAAGAUUUCUGUGUUGCUGAUCCCAAUGGCCCUGUGCAAGUUAAUGGCUUUGCAUGCAAGGAUCCCAAGCUCGCACAAGCAACUGAUUUCUUCUUCAGCGGCCUUCACUUGCCGGGUAACACCUCAAAUCCCGUCGGAUCCAAAGUGACUCCAGUUAAUGUGGCCCAAAUUCCAGGGCUCAACACUCUAGGGAUUUCCAUGGCACGUAUAGACUUUGCUCCGUGGGGAGUUAACCCUCCCCACACGCACCCUCGAGCAACUGAAAUCUUGACAGUGGUUGAAGGUAGCCUGGAAGUAGGAUUCGUGACUUCAAACCCUGACAACCGUCUCAUUACAAAACUACUUCAAAAGGGAGAUGUCUUUGUUUUCCCUGUGAAUCUUGUCCAUUUCCAAAGGAAUGCUGGAUAUGGAAAUGCAGUUGCCAUUGCAGCUCUAAGCAGCCAAAACCCUGGUGUGAUUACUAUUUCAAAUGCAGUUUUCGGGUCGAACCCAGCCAUUGCCAAUGACCUUCUUGCUAAGUCAUUCCAGACAGAUACUAAGACCAUUGAUUGGAUACAGUCCAAGUUUUAGACGGCCAGCCUCAUCAUUAAACUUCUCGUGCAACGGAAUUUAUGAUCAUAGGAAUUAGCACUUGUAAUUUUUUUCCACUGGCUGUUUGUUUAUUUGAAUUCUUUGCAAUUAUACUGUUAUUUCUGUUUUUCAA